CCCCGCCAGCGGGAAAACACCCCACCAUAACUGUGGCUUCCAAGGCACCUGUCCUGCACCUUUGACGUAGCCGGGCCCAAGCAGCGAAAGGAAAUGGCCGGGUAUCCCGUGUAAACAAAAAGCAGGAAACGACCCGGUGAGGCAGGCAUACACGCAAUCUCCAACGGAAGAACUCAUUCUCAUGCGGCACCCCUCCACCCACGCCCCGCCGACGAAACUCCCCAACUGCCAGGCGCUCUCCCGUAGGAAGAACACCAUCAUCAUCACAAAAAAAAUCCCAGACCCCACCAAAACUUGAAGGGAAACCCAAAAAGAACACACAUAACAACAACAACAACAAUACCAUGCCGCCCCCUUCUCAACUCACCGUCGCGACCCUCUCGGUCACCCGGCUCCUCAAGGAGGAGAUCUCCUAUGAGAAGGAGCUCAUCCAACAGAAGGCCAAGGUCGCCACGCUCGAGGCCGAGAUCAACGACGGCAAGCCCGACGAGGACGGGAACCGGGAGUACAUGCUCAGGCAGCUGAAACUCGCUGUGGAGGAGACGCAAAAGAUCUUCCCCUCCCUGCGCACCCGCGUCGAGGACGCGACCGCCAAGCUGGAGGAGCAGAUCGCUCUCGCCGAGAGCGGCGGCACGGCGCCCGAGGAGCUCGAGACGGCGAAGCUGGCGCUCGCCAAGGGCAAGGAGGAGAAGACGUACGUGACCGACACCACCGGCUCCGCCUGAUGCGCUUCUGGUCCCUCGUGCUCUUCCUCUUCCUCUGCCUCUUCUUGAUUCUUUUUUCCCCCGCCGUAUGUCAGCCAAAAAAACACAAACAAAAGAGACAGGUUUAGCGAUCGCGUUUUGUCGGGUGGCGGGCAAGCAAGCGCCACGAAGCAAGUUCAGACCAGCUGCUUUUUUAUCAAUGGGUAU